UGCGUCGGCCGUCAAGGAGUCCCACAGACCGUCCAUUGCGACAACUCGACGAACUUCGUAGGAGCAAGUCGCCAGUUCCUGGAGUUGCGAACACGAAUCGAGGAAGAGACGGACGCAAUUCGCGAAUUCGCAUCAAAAAGCGGAUGCGAAUUUGCGUUCAUACCGCCAAGAGCUCCGCACUUCGGGGGUCUGUGGGAGGCAGGCGUGAAGUCUGCAAAGCACCUACUCCUUCGGACGGUAGGGAGCCUGCUGCUAACGGCCGAGGAGCUGCAGACGACUCUUGUCGCGGUGGAAGCCGUCCUCAAUUCCAGGCCCCUGGGAGCAAUAAGCGAGGACCCAAGCGAUGCCGGGGCUCUAACGCCAGGCCACCUACUAGUGGGAGGCCCAUUGAGGGCUCUGCCAGCAGAGGUGACCCCGGACCAGCAGGGUCUGCUUGAAUCGAUGGCGAGGAGUCUCGUUGCUCAAGCAACAGUUUUGGCGGCGAUGGUCAAAGAA